AUGGGUAGAGUAUCUAAUAAAAAUCAGCAUCUUAAAAAAAUAGCACAAUCAUCUGUCAAAUUUAGACAAGAAUCAAUUAAAGAUAAGAAUCAAGAAAUUAAUAAUGCUAAUGAAUUAAAUGAAUUUAUUGAUAAUGAGAU